AUUUUUCCAAUAGGCACAAAAUCCCACCCCCUCAGCACCCCUCCUUCCCCUGUGUCUGACACUGACUUCAAGGGAGGAGUUGAGCCAAUUAUCUGUGAGUCCUACAGAAGGAAAAUCUGCAAUUUGCCAGUAGUUGUGAGAGAGAGAGGGAGAAAGGCACAGAGGGAAGAGAAAAGGCUAAACUGGCAAAUGAAAAGCCCCUUCUGUCCUAGAGAAAGAAUAUUCUAAAGCAAAUCUCAGACCAGAAGAAAAGAAGCUUGUGARGACGAAUGUGCCAGGCAAGAUCUGGGGAAGAAUAGGGUCACCAUUAGACAAUUUCCAUGCCCACGCUGAUCUUUCCCCAGAGGAUCUGAAGCAGCACAGAGGCAGGGUGGGCCAGCCAGAUGCACCCACUACCCUGCMUGAGUAGGUGCUGCUCCUGAAAUUCCUUCCCUGCAGCAGAGCUUACGAAAUUCAACUUGCAAAGAAAGGCAGUGGGAGCGGGAGAGACUCUGCCUCUCCUUUCCUUGAACUGAGCCUGUGAAGCAAAGAGCUCAGCUGGCCAAAGGGAAAGCUGUCACCGGUGCUGAGACUCUUCUUUAGCCUCUAUCAGUUGCCUGAUCCAGUACUUUCAUCCAUGGGAGAACGCCCUCUGGAGUUUUGCGGUCCUUCCCAGUCCUGCUGAGGUCUUGGGAAAUACUGGCGAAGAACUGAGCCCAGAACAAGCAACGUGGGAUCCACAGAACAACAGCCUUUUGCAACAACAGCCACCUCUGAUUAAAAUUACCAGAUUCACCAGACUGCACCAAGACCCAGGACUGCUCCUCCAAGGAAAGAGAGGACUGAGCAAUGAUGAAGACUAUGUCUGGUGGAAACUGCAACCUGAAUGUGCCGGCCAAGAACUCGUACCGCAUGGUAGUGCUGGGAGCCUCCAGGGUGGGGAAAAGCUCCAUCGUCUCACGCUUCCUCAAUGGCCGGUUUGACGAUCAGUACACUCCCACCAUCGAGGAUUUUCACCGCAAGGUCUACAACAUAAGGGGAGACAUGUAUCAGCUGGACAUCCUGGACACCUCUGGGAAUCACCCUUUCCCUGCCAUGAGGAGGCUUUCCAUCCUAACAGGGGAUGUUUUCAUCCUGGUGUUCAGCCUGGACAACAGAGAAUCCUUUGAUGAGGUCAAGCGACUCCAGAAACAGAUCCUUGAGGUCAAAUCCUGCCUGAAGAACAAAACCAAGGAAACAGCUGACCUUCCCAUGGUGAUCUGUGGCAACAAAAAUGACCACAGUGAAAUCUUCCGCAAGGUACGCACUGAUGAAGGUGAGAACCUUGUUUCCAGUGAUGAAAACUGUGCUUACUUYGAAGUGUCUGCCAAGAAGAACACCAACGUGGAUGAGAUGUUCUAUGUCCUCUUCAGCAUGGCCAAGCUACCUCAUGAGAUGAGCCCUUCCCUCCACAGGAAAAUUUCCAUCCAGUAUGGUGAUACUUUCCACCAGAAAUCCUUCCGGAUGCACCGGGUCAAGGACAUGGACGCCUAUGGUAUGAUCUCUCCMUUUGCUCGCCGGCCAAGUGUCAACAGUGAUCUGAAGUACAUCAAAUCGAAAGUUCUCAGGGAAGGUCAGUCCAGGGAGAGGGAGAAAUGCACAAUCCAGUGAAAGAGGCUUGCACUUCUGUCUGAUGACAGCAUCCACAUGCAGUGCCUUAAAGAAAAAAUGGUCUGUGGAAACACAGAACAGGCUCAUGGGGUUUCUUGAGAAAACCCAGCAGGGAGAAAGGUUAACUCUUCCUGUGGAUUCUGCUGAGUCACAAAUGUAAAUAACAUCAUCCUUGAAGAUGACUGGGAAAAAUCACACACCUGAGAUAUGAGUGCAUUUUUUUGUCUUUGUAAUGUAGUUCCUCUUCAUUCCCCCUUUUAUUUGAAAAAUACAGCCCUGAGAAGUAAAGACAUUUCAACCUUAUCCUUACAGAGCAGAUAGAUCAAAAAAUGCACAGAAGGCAUUAAUGGAUAGCCAGCAUGCAGCUCCUGCUAAGAGAGAGGAGGUUAUGUGUGUGUGUGUGUGUGUAUCUCUGUGUGCCCAUGUGCAUGUGCACAUGCAUGUGUGGAGCUCUCCUUUUAAAAAGUGGGACUUGCAUUUCAAAGGACAGCAAUCCUAACUGAGAAUUCCCAGAUUGGGAGUGGACUCUAUAUGUGGAUGCAUGACUUUCAUUCACUUCUGAGGCACCUGCAUUGAGAACUUGAUUUUGUGUUUGUUGGGACAGUUACCGUUUGACAUUAACAUGAAUGUUGGUUUGUAUUAUAGAUUUUAUUUGGUAUUUGGCUUUUUUUUUUUUUUUUUU